CUCACCAACUCGACUACCCUCACUACUGCUUGCUAUCGCCGGGAGCGGAAUGACGUCGGCCCUGCACCUGCUCCGGUGACGAGCAUCGCGGCGGCGGAGGCGGAUUCACCACCAAGAUGCUCCUCCACCAUGGUGGCCAACAAUCAGCUUCCCAAUUCUCAACAAUUCUCUUCUAACACUGCCUCCCUCCCAUAAAUAACUUUUUCGGAUUUCAGGCUACGACGUACGGCUAUUCGCCACUACUUCACAUCGGCCACUUUCCUUCGUCCAUCGAUAAUCAAGCUCCCUGUCUGCUCUGCACGACGUGAUUCCUUUGUACGCUACUUUGCAAUUGCCAUCCAGUCGACGACGUCAGGCGCGUUUCGCAUCCACGAGAAGUACCACUGCGAUGCGACUCUUCAUUGUUCCGAUCUCGACGCGACGAGCUCUCAUCUACGCUCGGCCCGUCGGUCAAGAAAUCUCGAAGGAGCGCUCAUACAUUGACAAAAUCACCAACAAAGCCGCAGAAACGUGGGCCAAAUGGGAAGAAGCGGAGAAAGGAUGGAAGAAACAUUUGGUAAACUGGGGCAAUCGGGUGCAGCAACGGAUCCCCUACCAAGAAUGGGGACUUAAGAGCAUUCCCUCGCUGGCGUCUCAGCGGCGCAGCGACAAGUCCUACGGAACAAAGAAGGUCGAUGUGCUCUUCCCUGGCAACGCGAUUCGAUCCGAGAAACUUCAUUCCCUUUUGUAUGCCCUCGCGACCGAGAGGCAAGACUUGCAUCGCAAGCGGAUGUAUUGGAGCAUGCUUGCGACACCCCUUACAAUUCCGGUUGGCCUUCUUCCAGUCAUACCUAAUAUCCCAUUCUUUUACCUGGUGUACCGAAGUUGGUCGCAUCGGCGAGCAUUGAUGGGAUCCAAGCAUCUGCAAUAUCUCCUGGAGAAGAAUCUCCUAAACCCCAUCUCAUACCCUGCACUUGAGAAGCUUUACGCAAAACGGGUUUCGCAUGCCCUUGAAAAGACCGGAGCGGACACGCCCCUGAUUGAGAUGGUGAAGGACGUGGAGGAGAGUGAUGACAAAUUGUUGCUUCGCAUGAGUGAUGCGAAGAAAUUGGCAACAAUCCUCGACGCACCAGACCUCGCUCUGGAAGCAGAAAGGGCUAUUGUGCAAGUGCAGGAACAAUUAAGCGCACACGAGGAGGAAGACCAGAAACAACGUCCUCCUAAGGAAAAGCAAACAUGAAUGGGACUUUGUACCGAGGGAAAUCAUCUUUGAAAGGAGCCUUCGAGGUGUGCACCACUGGUUCCAAUGGUUUGAAGGCCUGUACUGGGCUACUACGUCACUUCUAUUGUGUAACUCAAUGUCGGAGUACGGUACAUAAACAGCAUAGAUCAUGAGCAAUAAAUUCGGG